AUGCAAUAUUUGCGGUGCCUGUUCUUGACACCUGAGGAAGCUCUUUCCCGCGAACGGGUACGAAACGAAAUUGCCCGUGAAAAAUUGUCUGGGGCGCGUUUACAACGUGCGGGUGAGGAAGAGCACUAUGAGGCGGAGGUAAAGCACCUAAAUGACGAGUUACAGGCGAAACGAGAUUCGUUUGCGGCGGUUGCGAGGCCUCUCCUCACGGAGUACGACGAUGUGUUCCUUGCGCAGCACUACUACCAGGAGGUGUCGAAUAUCCUCGAGGGCCACGUCCGGGUGAUGUCGCAGCUGGCGGACCGCGAGUUGGAGGGCUAUGGCUACGUUGGCAAGCGGCUGGUGGGCGCCGGUCUGCACCUCGAGGCGCUGCGGGUGCGGCUCGCGCGGGGGGAGCCCUUCCGCCGGGAGCUCUCGGCGGCGCUGCGGGGGGCGUCGAGUCCGGACCUCGCGGUGGUGGCCGCGCCGCUGAUGGCCGUCGGGGAUCGCGGGGUCCCUCCGCCCGCGGCGCUGCGGGCCACCGGCUUCGAUCUCGCGCGGGCGGUGGAGGCGGCGGGGAGCGGGCCGGCGAGGGGCCCACCGCGCGGUUGGCUCGAUCUCCUCAAGUUCCGCACGUCCCUCAGCCCCACCAUGCUGGAAAUGCGGCAGGCACAGGCACGACGGGCCGCCGCCCACUUCCUCGCACACGUCGAGAAGGGCGAGUACAGGCAGGCACUCGACGUUGCAGAGACUAUUCAUGCAGAGGCAAUGCGUGAGGGUGUACCAAAUGCAGAACUACUAGAUAGUGCCUUCACGGCUUUUAGGAAUACGGUGCUUCCAGCACUGGCAGCAGACAUGUUCUUGCGCUAUUCAAGAGCAUCACUUGAUUCGGCUCGCUAUGCUUGUGUGGAAAAGAUGUUGAUGGAGGAGUAG